AUGACAGUUGAUAAUUUUGACGUUUGUUCGGCCGGUUCGUGAAGUCUUGUGAGGAUUUUCGCCUUCUUUAACUUUUUGGAUUUUUGUUUCACAGCGUCCGAAAUUUGUGCGAAAAUAAAUCCGCUUGAAUCCAAAGAACUAGAGCCUUAACUGUCAACGGAAAAUGUCCGCCUUCCCGGGUACAUUCGCCUUCGACGAAUAUGGUCGUCCUUUUAUAAUUUUGCGAGAACAGGAACGCGAAAGGCGCAUCACGGGCAACGAUGCUAUCAAGAGCCACAUCUUGGCAGCACGUCAAAUUGCCUCUACCCUGAAAACCUCGCUCGGUCCCAAAGGUUUGGAUAAGAUUAUGGUUAGCUCUGAUGGCGAUGUUACAGUUACAAAUGAUGGUGCUACCAUUUUGAAGUUAAUGGAAGUCGAUCACGAGAUUGCCAAGCUAAUGGUGCAACUGUCACAAUCACAGGAUGACGAAAUCGGUGAUGGCACAACCGGUGUCGUUGUUUUGGCAGGCGCUUUGCUUGAGCAGGCUGAGAGUCUCAUCGAUCGUGGUAUUCACCCCAUUCGUAUUGCUGACGGAUUCGAAUUGGCUGCUCAAUGCGCUGUAAAGCAAUUGGAGGCUAUUGCAGAGCCCUUCCCGAUCGACCCGAAGCACAAGGAACCCUUGGUGAAAAUUGCUAUGACCACACUUGGCAGCAAGAUCGUGAAUAAAUGUCAUUUGCAAAUGGCAACCAUGGCCGUCGAUGCUGUGUUGAAUGUGGCCGAUAUUGAGAAGAAAGAUGUCAACUUUGAACUAAUUAAAAUUGAGACUAAGGUUGGUGGUCGCAUGGAAGAUUCAAUGCUGGUGAAAGGUGUGGUGAUCGACAAGACCAUGAGUCAUGCACAAAUGCCUAAAGUGCUGAAAGAUGUAAAGCUUGCUAUUCUCACUUGCCCAUUCGAACCACCAAAGCCCAAGACCAAGCAUAAGUUGGAUGUCACUUCGGCCGAGGACUACCGUGCUUUGCGCGAAUAUGAGCAGGAGAAAUUCGCUUUGAUGAUCAAGCAAGUUAAAGAUGCUGGUGCUACCUUGGCCAUUUGCCAGUGGGGUUUCGAUGACGAAGCUAAUCAUUUAUUGCUCCAAAACGAACUGCCUGCUGUACGUUGGGUGGGUGGACCCGAGAUUGAAUUAAUUGCUAUUGCUACUGGUGGCAGAAUUGUGCCACGCUUCGAGGAGUUAACUCCCGACAAGUUGGGCAGCGCUGGAUUAGUGCGUGAACUAUCAUUUGGUACUUCCAAAGAUAAAAUGUUAGUCAUUGAGGAGUGUAAGAAUUCCAAGGCUGUUACUAUUUUCCUACGCGGUGGUAAUGCCAUGAUUAUAGCCGAAGCGAAACGUUCUAUUCACGAUGCUUUAUGCGUGGUACGAUCGCUUAUAAAGGAUAACCGAAUUGUAUAUGGUGGUGGUGCAGCUGAAAUCAGUUGCUCUCUGGCUGUUGCUAAGGAAGCCGAUCAAUUGUCAACUUUGGAACAAUAUGCUUUCCGUGCCUUCUCAGUGGCUUUGGAGAAUAUACCUCUGGCCUUAGCCGAAAAUAGCGGUUUGCACCCUAUCGAAACCUUGUCGGAGUUAAAGGCCCGCCAAGUUGCUGAGAAAUGUCCCAGCUUGGGAGUUGAUUGCAUGCUCUCCGGGGACUCUGAUAUGAAAAACCACAAUGUUGUCGAAUCGCUGCAUUCCAAGAAGCAACAGAUCCUAUUGGCCACACAAUUGGUGAAGAUGAUACUUAAGAUUGAUGAUGUGCGCUCCAGGGACUCACAGUAAAUGUGAAAAUAAAUACGAACAGCAUUAAUAGAUAAAAUCGUAAACCGUAACGCAUCACCGCCUCAUCUCUUCUUUUU